AUGGCCGCCUCCACCCUGUCUGUCUGCUCCAGUGACCCAAGCUACGGCUGCAGGGUCUGCCUGCCUGGGUCCUGGGGCUCCUGCACCGGCCCCUCCUGGCAGGGGUACGAUUGCCCGGAGAGCUGCUGCAAGCCCCCUUGUGCCCCCAGCUGCUGCACCCCCAGCUGCUGUGCCCCGGCCCCCUGCCUGACCCUCGUCUGCACCCCCGCGAGCUGCGGGUGCAGUCCCUGCCAAUCAGCCUGCACCAGCUCGUGCACACCCUCCUGCUGCCAACUAUCUAGCUGCCAGCCCUCCUGCUGCACCUCCUCCCUGUGCCAGCAGGCCUGCUGCAUGCCUGUCUGCUAUAAGCCCAUGUGCUGUGUGCCCGUUUGCUGUAAGCCCGUCUGCUGCAUGCCCGUGUGCUGUGUGCCCGUCUGCUCUAGGGCUGCCCCCUGCCCAGCGACCCCGUGCUGCCAGCCCACCCCCUGCCCCUCAUCCCGCUGCAGACCCUCCUCCUGCGUGUCCCUGCUCUGCCCGCCCCCUGUGCAGCCGUCCCACCUGCUGCUGACCUACUCAUCACCAACCCCACCAGGCUGGCACUCUGGGCACCCCCGUGUCUCCUCACAGCCCAGCACAAGCUUUGAUUUUGGAAUUUAA